GCGUCGUGGGAGCCGCGCGGACCCAGGCGCAGCCCGAACGCAGGAGGGACCCGCGCGCAGCCCCCUCGCUGCCGGAGCCGCCUCCGCCGGUAGCCGGCUCGCGCCGAUCAUGGCCGCGCGCCCCGCCGCCCUCGCCUGCUCGCUGCUGCUCCUGACCUCGGCCCUGCUCCGCGGCGGCUGCCGCGCGCGCUUCACCGCCGAGCCAGACCCGGAGGACGACGCCGAGGGCUCGGGGCCGCUCCCCGAGUCGCCGCUGCAGAGACCCACGGUGCUCGUGGCCAUCCUCGCCCGCAACGCGGCGCGCGCGCUGCCCACCUUCCUGGGCUGCCUGGAGCGGCUGGACUACCCCAAGAGCCGGAUGGCCGUGUGGGUGGCCACCGACCACAACGUGGACAACACCACGGAGAUCCUCAGGGAGUGGCUGCGCAACGUGCGGGAUCUGUACCACUACGUGGAGUGGCGGCCCAUGGACAAGCCCGAGUCGUACCCCGAUGAGAUCGGACCGAAGCACUGGCCGAGCUCCCGCUUCGCCCACGUCAUGAAGCUACGACAGGCAGCCCUUCGAACUGCGAGGGAGAAGUGGUCGGACUACGUUCUGUUCAUAGAUGUCGACAACUUCCUGACCAACCCACAGACCCUCGGGCUGCUGAUGGCAGAAAACAAGACGAUCGUGGCGCCCAUGCUGGAGUCCCGGGGCCUCUACUCCAACUUCUGGUGCGGGAUCACACCUCAGGGCUUCUACCGGCGGACGCCCGACUACCUGCCGAUCCGGGAGUGGAAGCGCACGGGCUGCUUCCCGGUGCCCAUGGUGCACUCCACCUUCCUCAUCGACCUGCGCAAGGAGGCGUCCGGCAGGCUGGCCUUCUACCCCCCGCACCCUGACUACACCUGGACCUUCGACGACAUCAUCGUCUUCGCUUUCUCCAGCAGGCAAGCAGGUGUCCAGAUGUACCUCUGCAACCACGAGCACUAUGGCUACCUGCCCAUCCCCCUGAAGCCCCACCAGACGCUGGAGGAGGACACGGACGACCUCGUCCACGUGCAGAUCGAAGCGAUGAUUGACGGCCCUCCGAUGGAGCCCUCCCAGUUCGUGUCCGUGGUCCCCAGAUACCCAGACAAGAUGGGAUUUGAUGAGAUCUUCAUGAUCAACCUCAAGCGCAGGCAGGACAGGCGGGGCCGGAUGCUGCGCACGCUGUACGAGCAGGAGAUCGAGGUCAAGGUGGUGGAGGCCGUGGACGGGAAGGCUCUCAACACCAGCCAGCUGAAGGCCCUCCACAUCGAGAUGCUGCCCGGGUACCGCGACCCCUACUCGUCCAGGCCCCUGACCAGGGGCGAGAUCGGCUGCUUCCUCAGCCACUACUCCGUCUGGAAGGAGGUGAUCGACCGCGAGCUGCGGAAGGCGCUGGUUAUCGAGGACGACGUGCGGUUCGAGCACCAGUUCAAGAGGAAGCUGAUGCAGCUGAUGGCCGACGUUGAGCGGGCACAGCUGGACUGGGAGCUGAUCUACAUCGGCAGGAAGAGGAUGCAGGUGAAGGAGCCGGAGCGGGCGGUGCCCUCGGUGGGCAACCUGGUGGAGGCCGACUACUCCUACUGGACCCUGGGCUACGCCAUCUCACAGGAGGGGGCCCGGAAGCUGGUGGGCGCCGACCCGUUCGGGAAGAUGCUGCCCGUGGACGAGUUCCUGCCCAUCAUGUAUGACAAGCACCCUGUGGCCGAGUACAAGGCUCACUACCAGACCCGGGACCUGAAGGCCUUCUCCGUGGAGCCGCUGCUCGUCCACCCCACGCACUACACGGGCCAGCCCGGGUACCUGAGCGACACCGAGACCUCGACCAUCUGGGACAACGAGACAGUGGCCACCGACUGGGACAGGGCCCACUCCUGGAAGUCCCGGGGGCAAGGGUACAUCCACAGCAGAGCCAAGAACACGGAGGCGCUGCCGCCGCCCGCCUCCAUGGGCACCGCGCCCUCGCGGGACGAGCUCUGAGGGUGCCCUGCCCGCUGGUCCUGAGCCCUGUGAGCAGAGUGGUCCCAGUGUGCUGGCGGGGGAGGGGCCGGCCGAAGGGCGAGGUCACUGCCACCAGGCCUCGCCCAGCUGUCCCCUCUGAGCGGUGACAAAGCAGCAGCGGGCAGACGUGGCCUGAACACGUGUGCGGGAGCGAGCGCUGCCGGCACUCCGGUCACCUGGGGUCCCGUUCACGGGGCUUGAUCCUGUCGCCAGCGUUUGUUGGGGGCGGGCCUGGGUCCGGCCCAGUCCCCGCGGGUGUGUGGAUACUCGAGGCCGGCCUCCGAGUCGGGGUGCUAUUUAUGAGAUGUGAUAUGGUGGGGGGGUCCCUGUGGCCAGCUGCUGGGUCCCCCCCAGGGGUUAUUUAUUCUACAGCACGUGGCGAUGCUGCAGCUGCCGAGGCGCCCUGGGGCAUGGGCGGCGUGGACACCCGGCCCUGCCCGACCCAGGCAGAGGUCCAGCCCUGGGGAGCCUUUCCCCGAGAGCCCGCUCGCAGGCCCGCCUCUCUGGAGGUCGCGUCCGGUGGAACGCAGAGGGGCGCGGUCGGCUUCCUCCUCCCGACAGGUGCAGGUGCCGGGUGUGGGCGUGGAGGAAGCCCCAGCUGGCUUCUGUGUCGUUUUGGUCAGUGCUUCCCCGUCAGCUGGUCUGACGGCCUGAGUUCUUAAGAGACCUUGGACUUGCUCCGGCCUCCCGCGGGCACUCGGGAGGGCAGCCUGCGUGGGGCCUGCCCAGGCUCGCCCUCGCCAUCCCGGCCCUGGGGACAACUACUGGCCCGCGGGGGCUGUGUGAAAAAUUAAAGAAAACUUCGCUCAACA